GCCGAUUCGCCGAGAGCCUUCGCCGUCAGUCCCAGCCAUCGCCAAUUCGCCGAGAGCCUUCGCCGUCAGUCCCACUGCCCAGCACCGCGUCGCCGACUCCCUCAAUCCCAAUUGAAUCAGAUUCGUUUUUUCCCGUGUCAUUUGGCCAUUAUCUUACUCGAUCAGAAAUAGGUACAUCUAAAUAUAUCUUCUCGGACAUCACGAGAAUGGGAAAAUGAUGGCAGCCCUUUCAAUCAUUUUGCACUUGUUCUUCGGCGCUGGGAGCGUUGGGAGAGCGCGGAGGAAUAGGGUUUUUCGUUCAACUCCUUCGGAUCCAAUGAAUUCCGAGAGAACGAUGGAAAUGGAAUUAGCAACUUGGGUAGGUCGGUCAAGCAUCUGUUGUAUCCAUCCGGCAGGCGAGGGAUUGCAAGAAGAACAAGAAGAUGGCAAAACUAUACGUGACACGUUAUUACAUUGAGAUGCUCCAGAAGUGUCAAUUAUUUGUAUCACCUAGACAUUUUAACUUUACUUGAGAUGCUAACAUAGUAGUAUUAAUAUACUAUUUGAGCUAUUUUCUUAGCCUAUUAGCUCAAUGGUAGAGCGUCAUGUGCAAAAGUGCACGGAGAUGUGGGUUCAAGUCCCACAUAGGCACUUUAUGAAUUUAAAAUACUAAAAAGUGCUUGUAUUUUUAUAUAUGUGACGAUUGAUGUUUUGCUUAGCUUUUCUAAUAUAGCAGUUCUUAUAGA